AUGUCUACACCUGCAGCUGUCAUUUUGGACCUGCAGCCGGCGGACGGGCGGGCAGACGUGGAGCCAGCGCUCGUGGUCCCGGCCUCAGGAGUCCCGGGAGCGCUGGAGGAGCGGCCUCGUGUGUGUUAUCUGGUUGUCCUGCAUGUCAGCCGUGUGCCUCUGCAGCCUGAUACGUGCAGAGCUGGCCCUGGCUCUGUUCUAGAUAUUAUUAAACACAUUGUGGCAAAGGGGGAGCACAAGAGCGGAGUCCUGGAUGAGCCGACCAUCGCUACCAUCCUCCGAGAGGUCCUGGAAGGGCUGGAGUACCUGCAUAAGAACGGACAGAUUCACAGAGAUGUGAAAGCUGGGAAUAUUCUCCUUGGAGAAGAUGGAUCAGUUCAGAUUGCAGACUUUGGAGUUAGUGCUUUUUUGGCAACUGGUGGUGAUAUUACGCGAAACAAAGCGAGAAAGACCUUUGUUGGCACACCUUGCUGGAUGGCCCCUGAGGUGAUGGAGCAGGUCCGAGGUUAUGAUUUCAAAGCUGAUAUCUGGAGUUUUGGAAUCACAGCCAUUGAACUGGCCACGGGGGCAGCUCCUUAUCAUAAGUACCCACCAAUGAAGGUUUUAAUGCUGACACUGCAGAAUGAUCCUCCGUCUUUGGAAACUGGUGUUCAAGAUAAGGAAAUGCUGAAAAAAUAUGGAAAAUCAUUUAGAAAAAUGAUUUCAUUGUGCCUUCAAAAAGACCCAGAGAAAAGACCAACCGCAGCAGAACUGCUAAGGCACAAGUUUUUCCAGAAAGCAAAGUUUCUUCAAGAAAAAAUACUGCAGAGAGCACCUACCAUUUCUGAAAGAGCUAAAAAGGUCCGCAGAGUGCCAGGUUCCAGUGGCCGUCUUCAUAAGACAGAGGAUGGAGGCUGGGAGUGGAGCGACGAUGAAUUCGAUGAAGAAAGUGAGGAGGGGAAAGCAGCAGUUUCACAACUCAGGUCUCCCCGAGUGAAAGAACCUUUAACGACUUCUGAGCUCUUUUCAACAACUGAGCCCAUGGGUACUUUGUUGCAAAUUCCAGAAGAGAGUUCUGCUCACCUACCUCAGCCAGCUGCACCGAUGCCUGCACAGCCGACUCAAGUCUCCCUCCCACCUCCCACAGAGCCAGCACAAACAGCUCAGGCUGUGACUUCAGGAGCAGGUUCCCAGGAGGUCAAGAUUCCUAUCAGUCUAGUGUUAAGAUUAAGGAAUUCUAAAAAAGAACUAAAUGAUAUCCGAUUUGAAUUUACUCCUGGGAGAGAUACGGCGGAGGGGGUCUCCCAGGAGCUCAUAUCUGCUGGCCUGGUCGAUGGAAGGGAUUUAGUGAUAGUGGCAGCUAAUUUGCAGAAAAUUGUAGAAGAACCUCAGUCGAACCGGUCUGUCACUUUCAAAUUGGCAUCUGGUGUGGAAGGCUCAGAUACCCCUGAUGAUGGCAAGCUCAUUGGAUUCGCCCAGCUCAGCACCAGCUAAGUCACAGCCCCAGAGGAGAUGGCCUAAGGAGUUUCCACACCUGCAUAUCUCUGUUGCUUCUGUUGGCCUCAGCCCACUACUGCCAAAGAACCCAGCCACGCACCUCCCAGCUAGGAGCUUUAGAGUUGUUUCUUUUUGUUCUUCCUGCGUCAUCAGUCCCCCUUUUCCCCACAGGGAAAGAGAAGUUGGGUCACUUGUGGCCGGCACCCUCUUCAAGAGUUCCGUUAGUUGAUGUCCUGCCUAUGUCCCCACCUUCCUCCAUAUGAGAAGUGGCCCGUGUUCCUCGAGGCCAGGAGGGAGAGCUAUUGGCUCAUUCUUGCCUUACUCCCAGGCUGGUCCAGGUGGAAAGUAGCAGUUAUCCUGGGCUUCCUCAAUCCACCUGCUCCCUCACACCUGCCAGGGUGUGGGUGUCUUGGGAUAUCUCUUUUCCGCUGCAGUAGCAAUUCAAAGCUGACUGUUGAAGCUGGAACCCAGAGAAUUUCAUUUUGUACUUUUUCUUUGUACCUGAGAAGAAUUCUAGCAACCUUUGUUAGGGGAAAAAAAAAAAAAAAAAAAAGCACAGCCUUGGGUGGAGGCAGCCUAAACUGCGUACUGUCUCCUUCCUGGCGUUCCUAAGCGUAUUGCUGAAGCUGCGCUCAGGCACUCCCUUCUCCAGCGCUCCCUUCUGGAAGGGUUGCUAGCCUUAACAUCAGCCAGUGCAAAACAUCUGACUGUAGUUGAACUUCAGCCGUGGGCUGCUUCAGAGUGGAACUCUGGGCCGUUUGCUAAAGAAGGUGUCAAGUGGUGGCUUAGGAGAGUGAAUUCAUUUUGGCCAGCGGUGGUUUUGAACAGGAAAACAACUAUCACUGGGAAGUAUUUAUUUUCAGAUCUUGGGAGAAAUGAACUUUGGAGAAGAAGCUGCUGCUCAGCUCCUCCGGUGAGAAGAGUUGGUUCACCUGGCCUCCAGAGUCACAAGGGACUGGGUGUGCAAGGCUAAGACGCCCACAGCAAUAAAGGGAGCCGCACUGGGCCAGAGGGGCCUGCCUUCCGCUCCCUCUCCUGCACUGACUUCAUGGAGAGGGCCGCACGCACGCCAGACCCGACUCAAGAUGACAAGUGAAACCACAUGUGCCGUGACCUUUAGGGUUUCCGAGUAGACAGUGUUCAUUUGAUUUUUUACAGAAAUAAUAUAAAUUAUUCUUUAGGUUUAGAAAGUGGGCACUCACAAUGCAAUAUGGGAAUAAUUGGUUGGGGGUUGAUUCUCUUUUUUUUCCUACUGAUUCCUAGGCAGCCUCUGUGUAAUUGCUAAUAGCCCUACCAAGUUUUAUAUAUGAACAGAAUAUCCCACCUGGCCUUAAGACACCCACAGUUGGGCUGUGGACCCACGGACUCCACCUUCCAGAGAGUCACCUGUGCCCUCUCCAGCUCUGCUGGUCCGACGAAUAAGGUGCCCUUGGUUUUCUCCUGGGAUGCACCUGACAGUGCUCCCUGCAGCUGACUGGUCAACACUCUGUCUCACUCAGUUCAAGCCUGUGGUUUUAGUCUUGGGCUUUCUUCACGUGGUACCUCGCAGGCGCAGAGGCAUGUUGGGAAAGGGAUGAAGGUUGGGGGGAGGGCGGGAGGGAAGAAGGGAGAGAGAAGGGAUGGGUGUGGGAUGUGGAUUAGAGGAAGAGUUGAUCAGAAGUUGAGACCUCCCAAAUCUAGGGUCCCAGCAGGAUGGGGAAAUGGAGGGGAUCUGCUUUAGGGGGAGCGGUAGGAAAGAUGGAAAGACAGCGAGUGUUUGUUUACUUUUUCUUUUGGGGGGUAUUAGGGCAUGUGGAAACAAGGACCAGGAGGUGGGGAUGAGGUAUGGAAGAGAGAUGGUGACCUCUUGGCACGAGGCCUAUGGCUUACCUUAGAGUCUGUUUUCAGUUGCAAGUAACUGCAUCGCAGCUGACUUGUGAAGCCCUGUGGUGGUAGCGUUACAUUUGUGAGUGAACUGGUGCCAGUCCAGAUGUGGACACAGCUCACCGUAUUGUCUGCUUUGUCCGGCUUGCUGGUCGCCUUCCAGCUGCAGGGCUGCAGCCAUGAUGGUGCAGGUAGACUGGGGCGCUCUUCCUUUUCGGAUCAUGGCCUGUCUGCUGGGAAUUUGAGAAUAGAAAUGGAGUCCCAGCACCCAGUUCCUUACUUCUUCUGUGUUGUACAUUGGGCACUCCUUUCCUCGGGCAGUUUGGGUUGCCUCACCGUCCGUGGGUCCCUGGGCCUGGGACGUACUGUAGCACAAGGUGAUAUGUGCCAAUGCAGUUUGUGAGAUGCGUGGUCUUCCUGAAUGACUAACAGAAUUGUUGGGAUUGUUCUGCUGAAGUUGUAAACCCAAUCCUAGAGCCAACUGAUUUUUCUGAUAAUUUGCGAGAGAGUUACAGUGUGUUACUAAAUGGAGGUUCCUUAACAGCAAUGCUAGAUUAUGGAGGACAUAAAAUAUUCUCCCCCCUCCCUUUCCCACUCCCCUUUUUGACUUUGUAUUUUACUGCAUGUUUUCUUCAUUUUUAAUCAGUAAAGAGUAAAUUGUCUUUA